AUGAAAAUGAAAUCAGGACUAAAUACUUUGAAUAUGGAUAAUUCAUCCAUAGAUAGCAAUGAAGAUAAUUGUAGACAAAAACUUAAAAGAGGACAUUCAGGUGUAAAUCAAUUGGGUGGAAUGUUUGUUAAUGGUCGACCAUUACCAGAUACAACACGUCAACGUAUUAUUGAAUUAGCACAUUCAGGUGCACGUCCAUGUGAUAUAUCACGUAUAUUACAAGUAUCUAAUGGUUGUGUAUCAAAAAUUUUAUGUCGUUAUUAUGAAACUGGUUCAAUUAGACCAAAAGCAAUUGGUGGUAGUAAACCAAGAGUAGCUACAAAUUUAGUUGUAUUAAAAAUAGCUCAUUAUAAAAGAGAAUGUCCAUCAAUAUUUGCAUGGGAAAUACGAGAUCGUUUAUUACAAGAAGGAAUAUGUACAACAGAAAAUAUUCCCAGUGUAUCCUCAAUAAAUCGUGUAUUAAGAAAUGUAUGUAACGAUAAUCAACUACCUCUUUCAUUAGGAUCAAAUCUUUCACAAAAUGAACAUAAUAACAGUAAUAAUAAUAAUCAUAAUAAUGCUAAUCAUACAUUAAAUUCUCUUAUGAAUAUACAAACAAUGCAAUCACAUGAACAUCUAUUACAUCAUACUCAUACACAAAAUAAUCAAUUCAAUUCACCAUUGAAUCGUAUGCCAAUGGUUGAUUUUCAAUCCUCUCAUCUUAAUCGUCUUAUGAAUCAGUCUAGUUUAAAUAAACAAAAUUAUCCACUACAACUGACUGUAAAUCAAGUAUCUCGAGGAUUAAAUAUGUCACCUCGAUCACCAAGAACUUCACCACCUCGAUUUAAUCAUCCACAAACAGCAGCAUUUGCUGCAGCGGCUGCUGUAGCAGCUGUUCAACAAAAUUAUCCACAAACUUCAACUAUAUAUGAUUCAAUUACAUAUCAAAAUCGUUUAUUUGAAAUGAAUGGUAACAAUGCUAUCACUACGACGACGACUACUACUACUGGCACUAACACUACCACCACUAUUACAGCUAGUAAUAGUGAUGUGUCUCCAACAUUCCAAUCAUCAACGAAUAUGUACGAUACAUUUUCUAAUUUCCUACAUCAUACCAAUUGGCCAUCUUGGUAUAAUACAUCCUCCUCAUCAUCAUCAGAAUCUACUAAUAAUCAUACGUCAUCUGUUGCUAUGGCUACAAAUAUGAAUAUAAGAAAUUAUAGUAAUAAUGAUAAUAGUAAUACUACUGCUAUCAAUACUAAUACUAGUAAUAAUUGUUUAGCUGAAACAAAUUAUUGUAAUUUACCAAAUUUCAAUAUGUCUAAUAGUAUAGAUCCUGUUCAAUUUCAUCCAUCCCAUAUAAAUUUGAAUAAAACUAAUAGUAAGCAUCAUCAUCAUAAUAAUAAUAAUGAAGGAGAACAUAAUUCAAAUGGUUCUCAUCACACUUCAUCAUCAAUUCAUCUUCAUAAUAUGAAUGUAUGUGAAUUGAAUAAAUCCGAUCAUUUAUUACAUCAUAAUAAACAACAACAACAGGCACGACAACAACAACAAUCUCUUAUGAAGAAUAAUUAUGAUGGUGAUGAUGAUUGUGGUGGUGAUAAUGAUGAUGACGAUGACGACGAUGAUGAUGCUAAUGGUGAUAAUAAACAUAAUGAAUUCAAUUUACUUAUAAGAAAUUCAUCAAAAUUAUAUGAAUGUUUAGAUUCUGAAAUUGAAUCAAAUGAACAAUGUCAAUUCUAUGAGAAAUCAUCAAUGGGAUUAAUGGAAUUCCUUCAAGAUAAUCAUAAUCAUAAUAAUCAUAAUUUAAAUCCUAUUCAAAUGGAAUUGAAAAAGAAAGAAUUAACAAGAUCAGAUUCAUUUAUUCAUUCAACAAUAGAAAAUCAACUAGAUCAAUCAAGAUUAAAUUUAGAAACAUUCAAAGAAAUGAAUUCAUCUCAGCAAACUAGUUUACAACAAAAACUUCAAUGUACUAAACAACAAAUAUUAAAUUCACAUUACAAUUCCAUGGAUAACACUACAACUACUACUGAUAGUACUAAUAAUAGUAGUGUUAGUAGUAGUAGUAGUACUAAUGGUAGUAAUAGUAGUAGUAAUAGUAAUACUACUAUGACUACCAUAACCACUAGUCCUAUUAAUAAUAUAAUGAAAAUAUGUUCAACACCUAUGGAAAUAUUGAUGAAAACUUAUGGUAAAGAUAAUUUUACAAAAUUAUCAUCGAAACAAAAUGUAUUACAUCAUUCUCAUUCACAACAACAACAACACCAACAACAUACUACUAAUAAUCAUUAUACAGAAAUGAAUCAUACACUACUUAAUUCCAUAUCAUCAUCAGUAUCAAUGACGAAUUCUAUGGAUCAUUAUAAUCAUUCUCAUUCUAAAUUAGAUGAAAAAUUAAAUGAAAAUAAGAAAAUUGGAAGAAAUAGAACAACAUUUACACCGGAACAAUUAGAAAUACUUGAAGAAGAAUUUGAACGUACACAUUAUCCUGAUUUAAUGAUUAGAGAACAAUUAGCAGGAUCAAUGUUAAUACCUGAAUCACGUAUACAAGUAUGGUUUUCAAAUCGUCGUGCAAAAUGGCGUCGUGAAGGUAAAGAAUUAAAUCAUAUCAAACCAAAUAGAUCAUCAAGAUCACCAAGUUUAGAUGAUAAUCAAACUAAUGAUCAACAUUAUAAUUAUUCAAUAUUAAAUAAAAUACAAGAUUAUUCUAGAAUGAAUGAUCAUCAUGAAUUAGAUCAAUUAAAUUUAAUUAAACAAAAAUUAAAUUAUGAACAAUUAAAUCAUCAUUCUACUAUAGUUUAUCAUCAUGAUGAUUAUCAUCAACAGAAUAAACAAAAAGAAGAACAAAUAAAUAUGAUUAGAAAAGAAUAUGGUAAUAUGAAUUGGACAUAUAUGUCUACACCAAUUCAUCAAGAGCAUCUAUCACCUAAGAAACUAUUCAAUUAUUCUGAACAAUUUGAUCCAUUAAAUGAUAAUAUACCACGAGAUCAUUCAAAUGUAAUCAAUCCAAUUUCUAAUCAUCAAACAGGAACUUAUACAAUUUUAAAUGAUGUAACACGUUCAACUAAUCAUGAACAUGUUUUAUCAACAAAAAUCAAUUUAAAUGAUCCUAUUCAAUCGAUUAAUCAUUAUAAUCAUGAUACAGAUCAUAAUUCUGAUCUAGAUCAUAGACAAAUACAAAAUAUCACAUCAAAUAAUAAAAGAGAUGGAAUGUUAAUGAUGAAUUCAGAUUUUACUAAAUUAAAUUGUUUAUCAUAUCAUAAUCAAUUGUUGGAGACGAUUCAUUCUGUGAAUACUACUAAUACUACUUCUACUCCUCCUCCUCCUCCUACUACUACUACAAACAAUCAUAACAGUGAUACUACUAUUAGUACUACUAAUAACAAUCAUGUAAAUAGUUUAAUGAGUAGUAUACAUACAUUAAAUAGAAAUGAUUCAUUUGAUAUAUCUCACAAUCAAGAAAGACAAAUUGAUAUAGAAUUAAUUGAUAAAACACAAUCUAAUCAUUCAGAUUAUCAACCAAUAUGGUUGAAUUCAACUGAUCAAACACAUAAUUAUAAAACAGAUUCAAUAAAUCCUUCAUUAUGGUAUAGUAUGACAUAUCCUCAACCAAGUACAUUAUCUACUGAUUCUGGUAUUGGUUCACCACCACUACCACCACCACCACCAUUACCACCAUCAUCAUCAACAUCAUCAUCAUUGUCUAUGCUGUCUAACAAUGGUAUCAUUGGUAAAUCACCUAUUUCUAUUGGAUAUGACAAUGGAUCAACUAAUCAUCUUUUACCACAAAUACUUCCUGAUACAUCAUCUCAGUUAUCUUCUAUGGCUGUAGCGGCUGCAGCGGCUGUUGUAGCUUGGAAUAAUAAUAACAAUAAUACUAAUAAUUUAAACUAUAUUCCCAAUCAAAAUGUAACACCUAAAUCGAUAAUAACAUCUAAUGAAUAUGAUGUCAUAUUGAAUUCUCAUGAAUCGACACCAAUAAAUUAUGGAUAUUUAGAUAGAAUUAACUCAGAAUUUAAUUUAUUAUCGAAUACUUCUACAUCUUCAAUAUGUGCACCACCACUACCUUCAUGUUGUUCUACUACUACUACUACUACCACCACUACUACAUCUUCUUCGUCGUCUUCGUCUUCAUCUUCUUCUCCAUUGGCUUCAACAUCUUCAUUAUCAUUAUCACAAUCUUCUGCUUCUUCAUGUUCUACACAUAAUAAUACUAUAAUUAAUUUUGAUUUAAGUAGUUUAGUUAGUCAAACACCUAAUGUAAACAUCAAUAAUACUAAUAGUAUUGAUAAUAAUAAUAAUAAUAAUAAUAUAAGUAGUAUAAAUAGCACUUAUUAUGAUUUUUCACGUUAUUUUCAUUAA